UUUUUUUUUUCCCCCAAGCGAAGCAUGAACAGUUGUUAAGUGGAAAAUGGAGGCUGAAUUUUACAUGGCGGUUCUUACCUGCUUGCUCCUCGGGAACUCAGAAGGGUUUCAGAUUGUCCAUGUCCAGAAACAACAGUGCCUUUUCAAAAAUAAGAUAGUGGUCAUGGGCUUGUGCAAUGGGACCAGCCAAAACCAGCAGUGGAUGUGGACCGAGAAUGAAAAGCUCCUGCACGUUAAAUCCACCCUGUGCCUGGGCAUCUCCAAUUCCUCUCGUGGCCCUUCCCGUGCAGCCAUCUUCACCCCUUGCUCCCAGGCAACCCGAUGGACCUGUUAUGAAAAGGGAGGGUUCCUUGAGGUGGAGAAUGCUUCUCUCUUUCUCAAGAAACAAGGCUUCAGGGUAAUGGUCAAGAAGGGCAGGAAAUACCUCCAUAGCUGGAUGAAAAUAGAUGUCAACGAGGAGGGAAAGUUGGUCAAUGAAAGCCUCUGCUUGAAAAAAGCUCACCUGGGAGCAGAAGUUUCAGUGAGAAGCACUAGAAACACCCAUCCUUCCCAAACCCCCACUACUUAUAAUGCAGUUACAUAUAGAGUGGAAAACCUUAUUAGAAAUAUCACAGAGGCCUUCACCAGGAGUACUGAAGAAAUCUACAGUCAAAGCAGUAGUGAAAGGCAGAGCCCCAGUAUGCAGACAACCGGAACGACAGAGACACCACGGGUUCAAACAACUACCCAGAUGUUUUCCAGCACCACUGAAGAGACUGGACUGGGGGAGCCAGUGAGAUGCAACUUCACCCUGAUGGAGCCCACGGUCUCCAGCCAGUCCGUGUCUCUCCAGUGGAGAACUUUGGGGUCACCCUGUAACUUUAGCCUCAUCUAUAACAGUGAUACUUCGGGCACUGCGUGGUGCUACCCCGUGCAGAUAAACACCACCACCUAUGAAUGUAACCUCAAGGAUUUACAAGCAGGAACCAUCUAUAACCUCAGGAUUGUGUCUCUGGAUGGAGAAGAGAGAACUAUGGUCUUGCAAACAGAUCCUUUACCUCCUGCUAGGUUUGAAGUCAUUAAAGAGAAGACCACUUCAACCAGCUUGCAUGUUUGGUGGACUCCUUCUUCUGGGAAAGUUACCUGGUAUGAGGUGAAGUUAUUUGAUGAUAAUAAACAAAAGAUACAGGUUGUCCAAGUUCAAGAAAGCACUUUAUCAACUGAAUAUAUCUUUUUUAACCUCACUGCUGGUAAUAAAUACAAUAUUGCCAUCACAGCCGUUUCUAGAGAUAAACGUUCCUCUACAAUUUAUACCAAUGGAUCAACAGUGCCAUCUCCAGUGAAAGAUAUUGGUAUUUCCACAAAACCCAGUUCUCUCCUGAUUUCCUGGUCCCAUGGCUCUGGGAAUGUGGAACGAUACAGGCUGACAUUAAUGGAUAAAGGGAUUCUGGUUUACAGCAGCAUUGUAGACAAACAUGCUACUUCCUAUACUUUUCACGGGCUGACGCCUGGCCACCUCUACAACCUCACUAUCAUAACUGAGGCUGCAGGACUACAAAACUACAGAUCAAAACUAGCGAGGACAGCCCCCAUGGAAGUCUCAAAUUUGAAGGUGACAAAUGAUGGCAGUUUGACCUCUCUAAAAGUCAAGUGGCAAAGACCUGUUGGAGAUGUGGAUUCCUACAACAUUACCUUGUCUCACCAAGGGACCGUCAGGGAAUCCAGAAUAUUAGCACCCCGGGUUACUGAAACUCACUUUAGAGAUUUAACCCCUGGACGACUUUAUCAAGUUACCAUCAUCUGUGUCUCUGGUGAAUUGUCUGCUCAAAAGAUGGCAGUUGGCAGAACAGUUCCAGAGAAAGUUGGGAACCUGGAGGCAAACAGCAAUGGUUGGGUGAGGUCCCUCAUAGUGAGCUGGUCGCCCCCUGCUGGAGACUGGGAGCAGUAUCGUAUCAUGCUCUUCAAUGAUUCUUUGGUGCUGCUCAACAUCUCUGUAGGAAAAGAGGAAACACACUAUGUUAUGGAUGAUAUAGGGCUCAUACCAGGAAGACAGUAUGAUGUCGAGGUCAUUGUUGAGAGUGGAAACCUAAAGAAUUCCGAGCACUGCCAAGGCAGGACAGUUCCCCUGGCUGUACUUCAGCUUCGUGUCAAACACUCCAAUGAAACCUCACUGGGCAUCAUGUGGCAAACCCCUGUAGCAGAAUGGGAGAAAUACAUCAUUUCACUAGCUGAUAGAGACCUCUUGCUCAUCCACAAAUCACUUUCCAAAGAUGCCAAAGAAUUCACUUUUACUGACCUGGUGCCUGGGCGAAAAUACACAGCUACAGUCACUAGUAUUAGUGGAGACUUAAAAAAUUCAUCUUCAAUACAAGGAAGAACAG